AUGGCUACUACUCCUCCCCCUGAUCCGGUGUCCUACUUGAUGGAUAUGGUCUACGGCUUCAACAUCAAAGCCACCGAUUUCAUCCAAAAGACCGUCAACGAUAUUGCAGAGAACACUGACUUGCAGUCUGCAACUGAUGCUGCGAUUCGCUUGCGUGAUCGUCUGAAGGACACCGUGAACUCGCUUCCUGACAUCCCUAGGCCGCAGUUGCCCGGAAGUGUCAGGCAGCAGGUCAUUCUUGCUCCACCGGCCGCUAAGGCUGAAGCGGGCGUGUUUAACCGUGCUGCAUCAUGGAUCUCGAAGAACAAAAUACUUUUUGGUGUUAUUGUUUUGGGUGUCACCGGCACCGCUGGCGCCGGCUACGUCUAUUCUCGCAGACGUCUGCAGGCUAAGAAACGAAAGAGACGCGCGGUGAAAGCUGCAAACGGUUCCAGAAUUGAAGCUGUUGUUCUUGCGAGCUCUCCUCGGGAGCCGAUUGCCAAGAUCAUUGCGGCUGAUUUGGAGAGGCGUGGAUUUAUUGUCUUCAUGACAGUUCAGCCAGGUGAAGAGCAUCUAGUGUUGAAGGAAGACAGUGCUGAUAUCCGUCCUCUUAUCAUGCCCAGUCCUGACUCUAUGGACCGUAAUGCUGUGGUUGAGAAAUUUGCGGAUCUCAUCGACCGCCAGCAGCACCUCGCUGGUGUGAUUAUCCUUCCUGAUCUGUAUUAUCCCACGGGCCCGGUUGAAUCGAUAAGCGCAUAUGACUGGUCAGAUAUCCUGUACACGAAGAUUGUUGGAUCCGUCGCUCUGCUCUCCCAGGGAUUCAUUCCCCUUGUGCGCCGUCAUAACGCGCGCUUUUUACUUCUGACGCCCUCGAUAUUACCUUCUUUGUGCCCGCCCUUCCAUGCGGCCGAGUGCGUGACGGCGUCUGCCUUGUCGUCGUUCGCGCUGUGCAUGCAGAGAGAGCUUGCGCCUCAGGGUAUCCCUUUCAUCCACAUGCGUCUCGGUUCGUUCGAUAUGUCGGUUCCUAUUCAGUCUACUUAUUCUUCGGCUCCGCAGUCGCCAUUCAUGGCGCCCGAGAGCGGACGUGGAACCUCGACUCCGUCCCAUGUGCGUUCGUACUCGCCUGCAACUUCUGCGUCCUCCCGUUUGGCUGCGAACAAUAUCCGUGCAGACUUGCUUUCCUGGCCCGAGAAUAUUCGCAAUGUAUACGGUCGUGCUUAUAGCUCUGCUGCGCGUGCUAUCAGUGGCACUGCUUCUUCGAUCGUGUCUGCGACCUCGACGCAGCGCUCGUCCGGCAGUCCCAUCAGCGAGCUCAACAACGCCAUUUUCGACUGUCUCACGUCGAACGACAGAAGUGCGCUCUGCCGCAUGCAAUUUGUUGGCAAGGGUAGCUUGAUGUACUACGUCCUCGGCGGCAUUCUCCCAGAGUUGGCGGUCGAGUGGGUGCUCGGUCUUACGCGUGCCGGAUAUGACACGACGAGCUACUACCGUACUGUGCAUAUGGAGACCUUGGGAUCCGCAACGGAGCCUUCGGGAACGCAUCUUGCUCCUGAGGAGGCGCCUGAUUCCCCGCUCUCUAGCGGUGUGAGCGGCUCGCCUUACAUCUCUGAGACUGAGUCCAAUCCCCAGGACCUCACCUCGUCGUGGGAGCGGGUGUAG